AUGAAUUGGUGUUCAAUAAGUAUCUUGAUUUAUCUCUAUGUGGCCAUUCAGGGAGCGCUGGCCCUCUACUCGUACGGUCAGCUCACAUGCCUCGCGCUUGACUGCGGGGACGGCCUCUCGCAAGCCGUUCCGGUCAUCGACGGCUAUCCCGUGUGGGACGCCGUACAGAGCCUGGAGGUGGGCGGCCGCGACCUCACCGACUAUCUCGUGAGGAUACUCACCGAAAGGGGCCAUUACUUCAACACUCAGUCGGAACGGGAUGUGGUCCGGGAGGCCAAAGAGCGGUUAUGUUAUGUGGAGCUCAACUACGACCGGGCGAUGGCCAACCCGACCCCCGCGCUCGACAAGGACUACGAGCUACCGGACGGGCAGAAUCGCAUUAAAAUCAAGAAUAUGCAACAAUUAUACAGAAUAUCGGGCACUCGUUUGGACCAGAAUUUAAGAGAUAUUAUUUCGUAUUCAAAACAAUUGAACGCCUUUUCAAGUACCUGUGCCAACGAUGAGAUGUCAUUAGUCAAGUACGGGUCCAUUGAUCUGGACAAUAACACCGCCAUACUACUGGCAAUCACAUAUUUAUUCGUGAAAUACCGACCGGAAUCGCAAACAAGACUAUCGCAAGCGAUGACUAGUUUAGUAGAGUUGAGAAAAUUUGGUGAAAUUCAGUACAAUUACGGCAAAUAUGAAAUUGGUUUCGACGACCAAUACGCUAGUUUAGGUCCACUCGCUAAAGAGUGUACAUGGCACAGCCGAAAUUUUAUGGCAAAUGCUUGCGAGUCGUGUAAAACAUUUUUCCGACGAGUGGUUCGUUUCAAUAGACAAUACGAGUGUCCGUCAAAUGGCAAAUGUGUGAUCAAUACAAUAACCAGGACUAUGUGUAAACAAUGUAGAUUUACUAAAUGCUUAGCCAUCGGAAUGAAACCAGAAUUAAUACGAAGUACUGAAGAAAACCAAAUGAGACAACAAUUGAUUGAAGAAAAUAAGGCUAAACGACGAGAGAAUUAUGAAAAAUGUGUUGAUUGUAAGGAUCCGUUACCGGUAUCUGAAGGGUUGACCACACCUUCCCCUCAAAGUGAAGAGUUAAACGGAUUCUUGAAUGACUUAAUUGAAAAUACAGUGAAUAUUAGUGAUGAAGAGAUCAAUAACCAGAUCAUAGAUAUUGAGAGUAGUGUAAUGUCUGAGACCAGUAGUGUCACUGAAGUUACAGCUGCAGAUCCUCAACUAGUGAUCGCACCAGUAUUCCCAGUGAUCAGCAAUUAUCACUCGUGGAACCAAUUGGAGUCAAUCCGUAUAACAGAACUGUUGAACGCAUCGAAACUUCUCGACUAUCCGUUGAGUGAAAAUGUAGUCAAAGUCCAUACGUUUAAAGGUAUGGUUCGCGAGUAUGAAUACCGUAUGGAAAGCAUUAUUAAAGAUAUUAUCGGUUUUACCAAACGUUUGAAUGGAUUCAAGAGUUUCUGUUCCGAUGAUCAGUGGACUCUCAUGAAGAAUGGAUGCAUUGAAAUGCUUAUAUUGAGACUAUCGUUGGGUUAUAAUGACGAGGGUCAGAAUUUUCGGAUGCAUGUGGUGAGCAUAUGA